AUGCAAGCUGAAAGAAGAGGAGCGUGGACUGGAUGUACAAUAAUAUCUUCUGUAGAUGCACUCGAUGAUUUCAGCUGUUGCCCAGAGAUAUCAUUUCAUCAAAGGAUGCAUGGAGCUUCAGUGCUAACAUUCAUCUCUGGUAACUACGUUACAUGUGGUUCUACUACCGGUGAUGUUGCAUUGUGUCGCGGCUACUGCGUGCUGCUUACAUAGUCGUCGCUGAUGUUAUUUGACAUCUUUUGCUUACUCUUGAUAGCCGGCUGCAUAGAAUUGAAGAGAGGCCGUUAUCUUCAGUUUUAAAUUUUUGUUUUGUUAUUACUAACCAUGAUCAUGCUUUACUAACGUUCAUUUCAGCGAGUCUCUUCGUCAGGGUUACGUUAGUAACAUUCUAUUACCUCACUGUAGCCUGACCCCAUCUAUACUCUGCUAGUUUUCGUCUGUUAGUUUGAUUCGUUCUGACGUAGUCCGUAGGUACUUAUCCCUACCACUCCGGUUCGGAUUCUUGCUUCCUUCAAAUCAAAGCCCUAUCGGGGCCUGGUCAGCUAGCUUUUACCGGGGAGGCUCGCUGACACCCAAAAGGGGGUCAUUAUGAGUUUUAAGAAUGCAAGAAGUCUUUAGAUUUUUUGUGCAAAGUGCUUUUUACUUCGCUAGAUGGAUCUAGAGCUUCGUGUUUUGUUAUCCAUCUUUUAUUUUCUGUUUGCCCUGUGACUGGGAGGCCAGUUUUAUGUGUUGUGCUUUGUUUGAGCUCUCUGUUUGAUCUUCUCCCUUUUGAUGCAC